GAAAAACCCCAACUCUCUCUUUUGCUGGUGCUGCCGGGGCCCCACUUCGCCUCCUCAAAGUCAGCGGCAGCGGCGGCCACGCCAAUCCCUCCGUUAUGGAUCUUGAAGUAGCUAGGAGCUAGUUAUUGAUUGCUCAAGAUUUUGAUGGAUUGUGAGAUAAAUGGUGAUGUAAAUGGUGAGGUAGUUAGAAGUUCUACUGAUUACCAAGGAGGAACAGAUGCGAUUGUCGGGAGUUCUGCUGAUGGGGUGCUCCAUCGUGGACUAGAUAUUAAAGUGGACGAAGAUUCCUCCGAGAUGGAAUUGUUCGAGUUGCAGGAUGUUGAUUGCAACACCCCUACCGAUGAACCAUAUAUCGGCCAAGAGUUUGAGUCUGAAGCUGCAGCACAUGCUUUUUACAACUCGUACGCGACAAGAGUUGGUUUUGUCGUCCGUGUCAGCAAGCUUUCUCGAUCAAGGCGUGAUGGAACUGCCAUUGGCCGGGCACUGGUUUGCAACAGAGAGGGCUUCAGGAUGGGUGAGAAACGGGAGAAGAUGGUACGCCAAAGGGCGGAGACGAGGGUUGGUUGCAGAGCCAUGGUUUUAGUUAGAAAAGGGAGUUUGGGUAAAUGGACCGUUACAAAAUUCGUCAAGGAGCAUAGUCACGCUCUAACUCCCGGUAAGGGCCGUAAGGAUCUCAUUUACGAUCAAUACCCCAACGAGCAUGAUAAAAUUCGGGAACUAUCGCAGCAGCUGGCUACCGAGAAAAAGAAGGUUGCUGCAUACAAAAGGCAUUUGGAAAUGGUAUUCGAACACAUCGAGGAACAGAAUCGAUCUCUCGGAAAUAAGAUCCAUGACAUUAUGAACAGUGUGAGGGAGAUGGAGAGGGAAGAACAACUAGAUACUAGAUUAUGUUGACAAAAUCAUGUUUUACCCAGAAUACAAGGAGAAACAAAACAGUAUCAAGAUUUCUGUUAUAUGAAGUAUAUAGUACUAGUUUGCAUUAAAUUUUUUAGUCCUUCGUACAUUUGCUGUAGGAAUGGUGAUUCAAAGUGUGUAAUUGUGCGCACUAUCAAUUGAAUAUGAAUUAAGAGUUUUUGCA